GGCUGUGGGGGAAGAGCAGUUGUGGUCAGUGCAGAGCCAGUGUGCAGGUGUGCUGGUGUGAGCCUCAGCCCGCAUAACACCAGGUGCUCAGAGACUCACGUUCCUCCCAAGCAGCAACUCAAGCAACACCUCCAGCCAGUGCUGUCAUCUACAUCAGCCUGCACUCCCUCCAUCCAUCAGGCCACAGCUCACAGCUCAAAGACAGAAUUUAUGGAAUUAAUCUUUGCCACACCAGCUGCUUCAGUGACAUACAGAGGCAGAAAGUUUGGCUGUGGCUGUGAACUAAGGGGACGCAGCCCUGUGCACAGCCCUCACCCCAGCCUGCUGACUUAGCGAUUGCCCCACGCAGACAAGUGCUUGGUGCUUCAGAACACUACUUGUUACCUUUACCCCCAUCAAGAGCCCCCACAGCCCUCCUCCAGCAAGUCAGGAUGGUAGUGGAGACAAAAGAAGAGUGUCCUGAGGACAGGAUGGAGGCCGGGGAGGAGAGUGAGCCCAUGGUGGCUGAGGAGAGCACACCUGAGGUGGCCCCCGUGACCAUGAAGGAGAAGGAGCUCAUGAAGGAGAAGGAACUGAAGGAGCUGGAGGUCAUUGUGGAGGACCCCAGCAGCCCCACCCCAUCCAUCAAAACCAAAGUUAGAAUUAAGGGUCGUAUUGAGGAAGGCGAUGGACUAUUUGAGGAGCGUUCCACCUCCUCUGCCUCGGAUGAUGACCAGGGCGCCUCCCUCAUACAGGCGGCCAACCUGCAGGUGGACACAGAGACCAGCCUGGCCAUCUUAAUGCAGGUCAUGCUGCCCUUCCUGGUGGCUGGCCUAGGCAUGGUUGGCGCAGGACUGGUGCUCGACUUGGUGCAGCACUGGGCAGUCUUCCGGGAUGUUAGUGAACUAUUUAUUAUGGUGCCGGCGCUUCUGGGUCUCAAGGGUAACCUGGAGAUGACCCUCGCCUCGCGCCUCUCCACACAUGCUAACCUGGGCCACCUUGACAAGAAGGAGAACUGCCUCUCCAUGAUUAUUGGCAACAUGGCGCUGAUCCAGUGCCAAGCCAUAGUGGUGGGCUUCCUGGCAUCUGUCGCAGCAGUGGUCAUGGGAUGGAUUCCUGAGGGCCACUUUGAUCUGCUGCAUGCACUACUACUGUGUGCCGCUGCCCUCGUAACUGCCUCCCUUGCUUCCCUUAUCCUCAGUCUCAUCAUGGUGGGGGUGAUUCUCCUCUCCCGUAAGUGCAGCAUCAAUCCAGACAACGUGGCCACGCCUAUCGCCGCCUCGCUGGGAGAUCUCACCACUCUGGGACUCUUGGCCUGGAUUGCCUCAGUCCUGUACAGUGCCAAGGGUACUGAUGUGUGGCUGUCUCCCCUGGUGGUGGUGGGGUACCUACUGUCACUGCCUCUGUGGAUAUGGCUUGCCUCACGCAACAAACACACCAAGGAGGUCCUGUACUCUGGCUGGACCCCCGUCAUCUCAGCCAUGAUGAUCUCAAGCAUGGGCGGGCUUAUCCUCGACUACACAGUGUCCAGCUACAAGGGCAUUGCAGUGUUCCAGCCAGUGAUCAAUGGGGUGGGAGGGAACCUGGUGGCCGUGCAAGCUUCCCGCAUCUCAACUGCACUCCAUGCUGUGGCCCCAUUAGGGAAGCUGCCCAAGUUCUCAUCUGAGCUUUGCAUAAACCCGUGCUCAGCAUUUUGUGCCAGAGUGGGCCACCCUCGCACUGCCCGGGUAUUGCUGCUGCUGGUGGUUCCUGGACACCUGGUCUUCAUGUACACCAUCUCCUACCUGAAAGCUGGGCACACCUCCCUCACGCCCAUCUUUGUCGUCACUUACCUGUUGGCUGCCUUCCUGCAGGUGGCCAUCCUCCUCUAUGUGUCACAUGUCAUGGUGCACUGGAUGUGGAAGACGUCCAUUGAUCCAGACAACUCGGCCAUUCCUUACCUUACUGCCCUAGGGGACCUGCUGGGCACUGGGCUGCUUGCGAUGGCAUUCCACUUCCUCUACAUUGUUGGGGACGGAGACUCUGACCUUGGAGACUAACACACUCGCCCAUGGCGGGAAUAUUCCUCAGAGGCCUGGCUGGACCUGUGCCUGCGCCUGCUGUCAACUAACCUUACAGUCAAUACGCUGGGUGUCCGCAGCGCCUCGCUCCGCCGCGCUGAGUCUUUAAGGUGCUUGUGUUGUGGCUGCAAGUGGAUGUUUGGGUGAACUUGACUGUAACGAGGGAUUGUUGAGUGUGUAAGUGUGUCUCAAAGAUUCUCAGAAGCUCUUCCCACGCCUGUCUAACAAUAAUGUGUGUGUAUGUUUUUGUAUGCGUGUACGUACCGUUGCCGGAGUUGUUAAGUUAUUCUCUGCGACUUAGAUGAUGCUGUGUUCUUGUUGACAUCUGUUGGUAGUGGCUGUGUAGUGAUGACAGGCAAGGAAGUGUGCUUCCCUGUGUACUUGUGGCACACCCUCCCUCCAGGACGCUGUGUGGCGUCAUGCAGAUGGCGAGGUGGUGCUGAGUCACACAGUCAGGGAGAGAGCAAGGCAAGGUGAAGAUUGUGACAUUUCCUGUCAGUGUUACAGGACUGUCUGUUCUCAAGGAUGUCCACUUGUAUUAUAACUGUUGUUGUGAUUAGAAGCACACCAGGGAAAGAACUGGCAGGUGCUCUGUGGCUAUGUAGUCUUAAGAACAUGUACAGUGGGAGUAUUUUUUAACUGGCUCCUUUAUUUGUAAAGUUGCCCAUGCAGGAGCAUCUGUUGAAGUGAACAGUGGCAUGUGUGUGCAUAAUCUGUGAUAUGGAAUAAGAUAGCUUGGAGAGGAAGGAUCACACGAGCCAUGCCAGGCGGUCCUCAAGCGGCAGCAACAGACCUGCCCCGCUUGGCUGCCAGCCAGAUGGUGGAGCGACCGACAAUGUCAACUUGAUGUAGAGUACAAGUAUAUUUAAAGCAUAUUUAUAAUAAAAAAUGUGCUAAUCAGUGGCAUACAAAUAUUACUGUGCAGUACUUUGUUACUUCCUGUUGUGACUGGUGUAAGCAUAAUAUACACUACUGUAUUAUGCCAGAGAUGUUGCUAUGCACCAGAACUUCCUAUUUUUGUACGAGAACACCAAGUCCAAAGAAACGGAUGUCAUGCCAAACCAAGUCGUAUUCAAGAUAUUUACCCUUAGUCAGCAGGAUUCUUGCCAUCCUCAUGGGGUAACCAGCAGGGUGAUUGUCACCUGCUGCAGGAGUCCCAUGCCUACAGUGUGUGUGUGUGUGUAAGAGAGAGAGAGAGAGAGAGAGAGAGAGAGAGAGAGAGAGAGAGAGAGAGAGAGAGAGAGAGAGAGAGAGAGAGAUUGGGCAUGUGUGUGUGUGCAUUGAGACAGGUGGCCAUGGGAGAGAUUAGUUCCCCCUGUGAGGCACAAAAACACUUCCUGUACACAAAUUCUGUACCAAGGAAUGAUGUGUUGGCUGCAGGACGUCUCAUGUUACAAGCACACAACUCUCCCAGCCUCAGGGAAUGUUGUGUGGUGUGGCAAUGUACCAGAUCUUUACAAGGCAAGAUGUCACCGUUCAACAUUAUUUCAUAUAUGUAUGAAGUUAUUCUGGAUGUGUAGAAAUGUGCAGUUCCUGUAAACUGUUCUGUGGGCAGAAGACCACAUAAAGCCUGCUGAAUACUGUCAUCAAGUGGGAGGUGUUGUGUCCCACAUAGAGGUGGCACCACCCAGUGACAGCUUGUGUGUGUGUCUGGUGUGAGGUGAGAGUGUUCAGCAUUACCGUACUGACAGGAGGUGGAAGUGUGACUUGUGGAGCAGAGAUCAAAUGCAGAAAUACGAGGUCAAGUCAGAGACCUUCAUCAGGUACAUCAAGGCUUGCAGAGCUCAAUAAAGUUCAAUAACCUGAAUUGUUUGUUUGUCACUCUUCUUAACACAUCAAGGCUACUGGUUGAUGGGUUGUAGGAUUGUGUCAAGAAGCAGAGACUCAUUGUAUAAGAGCUGAGUCAAACAAACUUACUGUGAGAAAGUUGUCUGCAUUGUGUGUAUGAUGCAGGAUUGUGUCAAGAACUGGAAACCCAUUGUGAAGAAGUUGAGGUGUUUGCAUUGUGUGUGUGGGCUUGGCUGGAUAGGGAGGUGAGGUGGCUGUAGUGUAGACCACCUCAUAGUAGAGGAAGUAUGUGUGUAACAUGUAGCCUUCUUACUGUUGCUUUAAGUACUCUCCUUAGUUGAGUUUCCUAUUGAAUUAUUUAAACCCUUAGUGUUAUCCUGGUGUCUCGUGUGAAAAACUAUCUUGGGUAAAGUUACUGUUUGUGUUGUGGGGACAGGACUGGUGUUGUGUUGCAGAGUUAUGUUGUUGUUGCAGAGUUCUAUAUGUGUUGUUAUUCAAGGGAAAUAUUAGUUUGUUUUGUGAAUUUGCGUAUGCCUUAUAUAAAUUGUUAUUUUUUAUUUAACAAGAAAUUGAGUUGUGGAAGGAAGUAAUGGAUGUGUAAAUAGAUAGUAUAUAUAUCUUCCCGUUCAAUAUAAAGGCUUCCAGUACUUUUUUCCUGUCAAUUGGUAAUGCAGAGUGUUGUGUUGUAAUGCACGCAAGGUGAAGCAAGGUGACGCCUCAGGAACACAGAGGCAGCGAAGGAUGUAGGCAAGAAUAUCAGCAAAACAGAAACAUUUGCCAAGUGCCUUAGUGACCGACUCCUUGACCCCAAUAUUCCCCACCUUCCCCUUUCACCACCACCACCACCACCACCACAACCUCUCCCCCACCCAGAACUGACACACCUUCCUCAUCCUCGUUGCUGUUGAAGUUGUAUAGUGAAGAAUGAAUGAAUAAUGUACAGAACUCUUAAAAAUAAAAAGAAAUACUGCCUUGUUAUUGCCCA